AUGAGCAGUCCCCCGGCCUUCUCCAGCGUCCGCAUCUCGGGCUGCUGGGCGCUCGGCCCGGAUGGCGGCAACAGCAGUGCCGAAUCCUUGGACCGGCUGUACCCCGCGGUGGGCUCCACCAAGCCACCCCGAAAGCGGACCACUAGCCAGUGCAAGUCUGAGCCACCCCUGCUGCGGACCAGCAAGAGGACCAUCUACACAGCUGGCCGGCCACCGUGGUACAAUGAGCACGGGACACAGUCCAAAGAGGCCUUCGUGAUAGGCCUGGGAGGAGGCAGCGCCUCUGGGAAGACCACGGUGGCCACCAUGAUCAUUGAGGCUCUUGAUGUCCCUUGGGUGGUUCUGCUGUCCAUGGACUCCUUCUACAAGGUGUUGACCAAGCAGCAGCAGGAGCAGGCAGCCAGCAACGACUUCAACUUUGACCACCCCGAUGCCUUUGACUUUGACCUCAUCAUCGCCACCCUGAAGAAGCUGAAGCAAGGCAAGAGCGUGAAGAUCCCCAUCUACGACUUCACCACCCACAGCCGGAAGAAGGAAUGGAAAACCCUCUAUGGCGCCAACGUGAUUAUCUUUGAAGGCAUCAUGGCGUUCGCCGACAAGGAGCUCCUGAAGCUCCUUGACCUGAAGAUAUUUGUGGACACGGACUCGGACAUCCGCUUGGUGCGUCGCCUGCGCAGGGACAUCAGCGAGCGUGGCCGUGACAUCGAGGGUGUCAUCAAGCAGUACAACAAGUUUGUCAAGCCCGCCUUCGACCAGUACAUCCAGCCCACCAUGCGGCUGGCCGACAUCGUCGUCCCCCGAGGGAGUGGAAACACGGUGGCCAUCGACCUGAUCGUUCAGCACGUCCACAGCCAGCUGGAAGAGCGUGAACUCAGUGUCAG